AUGAUCAAGAACGGACAUCACCCAAUGAACACAACAGGGAAAGAUGCAGGGACGAACCUUGGCGCUACAGCUUGCAGUCCGGAGAAGAGAAGACGAACCAUCCGGGUGUGGUGUGACGGGUGCUAUGACAUGGUCCAUUAUGGUCACUCCAACCAGCUGCGGCAGGCCAAGGCCAUGGGAGAUUACCUCAUCGUUGGAGUACACACAGACGGUGAGAUCUCACAGCACAAGGGUCCCCCGGUCUUCACCCAGGCUGAACGAUACAAGAUGGUGAGAGCCAUCAAGUGGGUGGAUGAGAUAGUGGAGGGAGCGCCAUACGUCACCACACUGGAGACCCUGGACAAGUACACCAGUGACUUCUGUGUGCACGGAGAUGACAUCACACUAACAGUGGAUGGGAAGGACACAUACGAAGAGGUGAAGAGGUCAGGGAGGUACAGGGAGUGCAAGCGAACCCAAGGAGUUUCUACCACAGACCUGGUCGGUCGCAUGCUACUGAUGACCAAAGCCCACCACAGCAACAUAGGCCAUUCAGACUAUCAGCAGCACACAGACAACUUUGGCAAGGGUCCGAAGGGCCACAGUCCGUGGACGGGGGUGUCCCAGUUCCUCCAGACGUCCCAGAAGAUUAUCCAGUUUGCCUCAGGACAGGAGCCUCAGCCUGGGGACACCAUCAUCUAUGUGGCUGGAGCCUUCGACCUCUUCCAUAUCGGCCAUGUGGACUUCCUGGAGGCGGUUUCCAGGCUUUCAGACAAGCCAUAUGUUAUAGUGGGGUUACACUUUGACCAGGAGGUGAAUCGCUACAAAGGGAAGAAUUACCCCAUUAUGAACGUUCAUGAGAGAACACUCAGUGUGCUGGCCUGUCGAUAUGUCUCUGAGGUGGUGAUUGGUGCGCCUUAUGCAGUCACGAGAGAGUUACUAGACCACUUCAAGGUGGACCUUGUGUGUCAUGGGAAGACAGAGGUGCAUCCUGACAAAGACGGGUCUGACCCCUAUGCCGAGCCCAGGAAGAAAGGAAUACUGCACACUGUGGACAGUAUGAACAGCCUCACCACUGAUAGUAUUGUUCAGAGGAUCAUCAAAAACAGGCUGCUGUUCGAGGCCAGGAACCAGAAGAAAGAGGCCAAAGAGAUGGCUGUGAUCCAGGCCAUGAAGAGACGAGAGGAGGAGAAGGGCAAGGAGAGAGCCCAGGCUGUGCUCUAGGACGACAGGCCUGAAGGAGCACUCCCACCACGAGGAACCAUUGACCACCCUCAGGGUCAAUCUGAGACUGUCUAAACCCAAUACAUCUAACCCCCACCACCAAUGCAGCGCAGUCAAUCCACCUCACAUGUGUUCCAACUCCCAACCAACACCCUCCAGGUCACACACUCCCCUUACCAACAGCCAGACAGCGAGCCUUUGUUUCCAACAUGCAGUAUUCUUACAAUGGGAGUUCUGUUGUAGGUUCGACAUGAUAACAUGUUAGGUGAGGCUGUUUUCUUUGUCUUCAUAUCUUAAUACAGGCUGUAUGCAUUUACAUGUCCUUUAUUUCUUAUGGUUUGACAAACCACCUUAACAGUAUAGACAUCUCACUGUCUCCCCUUCCCUCACUGAGUUAGAACCAUACAAGGAACCAGAAGGCCCAAAAUAGUCACUGAGUUAUAACCAGUCAGGGAACCAUAAGGCCCAACAUAGUCACUGAGUUAUAAUCAGACAAGGAACCAGAAGGCCCAACAUAGUCACUGAGUUAUAACCAGACAGGGAACCAGAAGACCCAACAUAGUUACUGAGUUAUAACCAGACAAGGAACCAGAAGGCCCAACAUAGUCACUGAGUUAUAAUCAGACAAGGAACCAGAAGGCCCAACAUAGUCACUGAGUUAGAACCAGACAGGGAACCAGAAGGCCCAACAUAGUCACUGAGUUAGAACCAGUCAGGGAACCAGAAGGCCCAACAUAGUCACUGAGUUAUAAUCAGACAAGGAACCAGAAGGCCCAACAUAGUCAUUGAGUUAUAACCAGACAGGGAACCAGAAGGCCCAACAUAGUCACUGAGUUAUAAUCAGACAAGGAACCAGAAGGCCCAACAUAGUCACUGAGUUAGAACCAGACAGGGAACCAGAAGGCCCAACAUAGUCACUGAGUUAGAACCAGUCAGGGAACCAGAAGGCCCAACAUAGUCACUGAGUUAUAAUCAGACAAGGAACCAGAAGGCCCAACAUAGUCAUUGAGUUAUAACCAGACAGGGAACCAGAAGGCCCAACAAAGUUACUGGGUUAUAAUCAGACAAGGAAAAGGAAGGCCCAACAUAGUCACUGAGUUAGAACCAGCCAGACAGGGAACCAGAAGUCCCAGCCUAGUCUUGUGGAACCAGACAGGUGUGUCUCUAAAUAAAUCUGGCUGUGCGAGUUAACGCCAGACUAAUAUUUGUUUUCUAAAUAAUUAUCAUAAUGCAAGUUCUUUUUCAUGGGGUUGAUUGAGCUUUAUUAAAUAGGAGAAUUAUGAAUGAUUCAUUUCUGGGAGAAAUAGUGUGGUUAGGUUGAAGUCUGUCGGCCGAGGCUUGGGCUUGUUGCUUUGGAGACCCAUCAAACCACCUCUGCUGCUCCUCGCACAGCGAUUAUUGAACAACCAACACAUUGGAUGCAUCCAAAAUGGCACCCUGUUUCCUAUAUAGUGCACUAUUUUUAACAUGGACCUGAUGGUCAACAGUAAUGCAAUAAAUAGGGAAUAGGGUGUCAUUUCAGAUGCAGCCGUUGUCAUUCUCCAAAGGACUGUUGCUGCUGUCGUCGUGGCAAUGGGCUGAUCCCCUCACAACUUACAGUCCUAUCUUAUCUAUCUCUGUAUAUAUGUACUGUAUGUAUGUAUUAUAAAUUAAUAUUAACCAGGAGAACUCUCUGGAAAAUGUUGAAACCACUAGAGGUGUUCAGGGAUGGGUUUGAAAAUGUACCAUCUCUGUGAGAGUCGAUUUUACCUUGGGAAAAGCUGAGGUCAUUAAUGAUUCAAGCUUUCUAUCAGAGACUACCCUCAGCUUUCGGACAGUUUUAAUCAGUUUCUAGAAGAGAAACGGAAUUGAAUAUUACACUCUUAGAAAAAAGGGUUCCGAAAGGCUUAUUCGGCUGUGCCUAUAGGAGAACCCUUUUGGGUUCCAAGUAGAACCCUUUUUGGUUCCAUUUUGAAUCGAGGUAGAACCCUUUGGCAACCCCAAAAGUUUCUACCUGGAACCAAAAAGGGUACUUCAAAGGGUUAUCCUAUGGGGACAGCUGAAG